GUUUUGUUGAAAAUUAAAGAUUUCUGUAAUGCCAACAUUGAAAAUAUUGACAUUCACAAUCUGAUCUCAGUAUUGUCAUUGUCUCAGUUGAAAAAAAUUAUUAAGAUUUGUCUUCAAUAAUAAUUCCAACAAAUGUAUUAAUAAAACCCACAAAUGAGUACCGAACGAGAUCCAGAUGCACCAGCUUUCCUGCUGCCACCAGAAAAUGGAAUAGAAAAUUCACCAGAAACCACCCCGAUGCCGUCUUCGAGGCCCUCUGCCAAUCUGGCAGGUUAUUCCAAAAUACCUGUGAGGCAGAAGGGGCCACCGGUCAGUCCCAAGCCAAAUAUUGACCAGGAAACCACGCUGAUGUCGUCUUCAAGAUCUCCUGUCCACCAAACACAAUUUUCCAGGUCCUUUAGAAAACCAGUGAGGCAGAAGGUGCCACUGAUCAGUCCGAAAUCAAUACCAUCUUGGAGCCCCCCUGCGGACCCUGUACGCAAACCACGAUGUACCAGCAGAGCAAUAAGAAACAGGCCAUCCAGAUUACCUGUGAGGCAGGAGGUGCCAACGAGUAGUCCCAAGCGAAAUUUUGAUCCGAAAACCACGCUGAUGCCGUCUUCAAGCUCUUCUGUCCAUGGGCCACAAUUUUCCAGGAUCUUUAGAAGAACACCCGUAAGGCAGCAGGUGCCACUGAUCAGGCCGGAGCCAAUUUUUGAUCCGAAAACCACCUUAGUAUCAACUUCAAGUUCCACCGUCCACGAACGACAAUUUUCCAACUCCUUUAGAAGAUCGGUAAUGCAGCAGGAGCCACUGUUCCGUUCGAAGCCAAAUUCUGAUCCGAAAACCACGCUGAUGUCGUCUUCAAGCUCUACUGUCAACAAACCACAAGUUUCCAUGUCAUUUAGAAGAACUGUGAGGCAGGAGGUACCGAUGAUCAAUCCCAGACCAAUUUUUGGUCCAAAAACCCCGCUGAUGUCAUCUUCGAUCCCCCGUGUCCAGAAACCACAAUUUACCAGGGUUUCCAGGAGCCCUGUGAGGCAGGAGGUGCCACUGAUCACUCCUAGACCAAUUUUUGGUCAGAAAACCACGCUGAUGUCGUCUUCAAUCGCCCUUGCCGACGAAACACAAUUUUCCAGGGUUUCCAGAAGCCCCGUGAGGCAGGAGGUGCCACUGGUCACUACCAGGCCAAUUUUUGAUCCAAAAACCACGCUGAUGUCGUCGUCCUCGAUCCCCCCUGUCCAGGAAAAAAUUUCCAGGUCUUUUAACGACAACGUAAAGCACGAGGUGCCACUCAUCAGUCUGAAACCAAUUUCUAAACCGAAUGCAACUUGGAGCCCCCCUGUCCACGAACCACAAUAUGCCAGGUCAUUGAUAAAACCCGUGAGGCAGGAGGUGCCACUUAUCAGUUCCAGGCGAAUUUUUGAACUAAAAAACACGCUGAUGCCUUCGAACACCAUUGUCCGUGAACCACAAUUUUCCAAGCCCUCCAGAAGCCCUUUGAGGGAGGUUCAACCCAUGAUGUCGCCUUCGAGACUUCCUGUCCGCCAACCAGGAUGUUUCACGUCCAAGAGACCGGUGGAGCAGCAGGUGCAACCGAAGGGUUCCAACCCGAUUGAGGGGCCACUAAUCAGUCCGAAACCAAUUUUGGAACCGAAUGAUACGCUGACGUCAUCUUGGAGCCCCCCUGUUCACGAACCACAAUAUGCCAGGUCAUUAAUAAAACCCGUGAGGCAGGAGGUGCCACUUAUCAGUCCCAGGCCAAUUUCUGAUCUGAACACCACGCUGAUGUCUUCGAACCCCCUUGUCAAUGAACCACAAUUUUCCAGGCUCGGUAGAAGACCCUUGAGGGAGAUGCCACCGAUGAUGUCGCCUUCGAGACUCCCUGUCCGCCAACCAAGAUGUUCCCGGUUCGAUAGACCUGUGAAGCAGGAGGUGCAACCGAAAGAUUCCAACCCAAAUUAUGAUCCGACGGUUCAAGCUCUCAGACCGAUUUUAGGGCGAACACAAAAACCGUUGAAAAACGAGGAAGUUUGGAAGAGAGUUCCUGAAGAAGGCGAAAUGCGCAAGUCUUCUGAGGAAUAG